GUGGCUGGGUCGCGCGGUCCGGGCGGGAAAGAGGCAGGCGGGAGCAAGGGAAAGGGACUUCCGGGGGUGGGAGUCGGGGAGUGUAGAUCAGGGAAAGAAAGACGGAGUGAGGGAGCUGAGGACAGACGGUCCCUAUAGGAGAAUGUGUGAGGGACGGUGGGAGGCGGGAGUUGGAGGUCAGGGGUCACCUGGUGGACUUUGGGGGUCAGCGUUCGCCUGAGGGGGCUUGUGGGAAGCUGGGGCCUGGGAAGCCCGGAGGUGUGAGGACGCUGCCCUACCUGGGAAGUGCUGGGAGUUGCACGCCAGCCUGAGGCCACUUUCCAGGAACAGGGACCCUGAGGCCUUGCUCGAGUGGGCAGUGCAGUCGCCCCCGCUGUUGGUUACUGUGAGGCCACAGUUCCUGAGGGACGAAGUGACUUCUGUGGGAAUCGACUCCCGGUGUAUGCAAUUGAGGUGCUGGGAGCUUGACACCUGGGUUUUAGUCCAAGCUCCUUCGACAGACUAACUUUGGGAUGGAGCAGAACUGGGAUACCACUUACCUUUAAGAUGCUUCCUUGUAAGAAGAGAAGAACUUCUUUGAUAACAUCCCCUCAGCAUAAAGACAGCCAGGAAGAGACCCAUUUAGACCUAGAGUCAGCUACUACCCCAGAACCUGACCAAAUUACGGACUUGGGGACAGUGUCCUUACCCUGGGGGCUGAGCCAUGUCAGAACACCAGGCUUGGAUGUGCAACCUAUGCAGGAUGCUGGUGACCAUACUUGCAAGGAGGAACCAUCUGCCUCCAGGUUGCUUGCUCAGGACACAGAUGAAGGAAUCCUAGAAACUAUUGAUGUUUCCAACACUCAGGAAAUCAGCCUUCCUUCCCUGGAGUCCUCUCAGCAUUGUAAUAUCACUAUUGCUAGAGGAAAAAUCCAGGGGACCUGCAUGAGGAAAGGGAGGAGAAGUUCACUCAGGCCAGGCCCAGCUCGGGAUGAUCAUCCAAACUUGAAGGAAUCUUCAUCCUCCACAGAAGCAUGUGAGAAGAUUAACAAUGAAAGUGGAAAACCCCAAAUGCAGUCUGAAGAGGAAGCACCUUUACAGCAGGCGGGCAGCCACUCUGCAAGGCUUGGAACUCAGCCAAAGAAAUCCUCCCAUCCAGCAGGGUGUACUUCUCCUCAAGAAAAGCUAGCCAAGACUCCAGAUCAUCAGAAUGAAGAAGAGAUGGAGGAUAUUGGACUGUUUAUUCCACUUGAACAAGAUGGUGAAGAGGGUGAGAAAAGACGGAGAAGGAGAAAGGCCACCAAGAGGAAACGAGAUGGAAGAAGUCAGGAGGAAGGGGCCUUGGCUUAUGACCUGAAACUGGAUGAUAUGCUAGACCGUACCUUAGAAGAUGGUGCCAAACAGCAUAACUUAACAGUCGUCAAUGUGAGAAACAUCCUUCAUGAAGUGAUCACAAAUGAACAUGUGGUAGCAAUGAUGAAGGCAGCCAUCAGUGAAACAGAAGACUUGCCCGUGUUUGAACCUAAAAUGACACGGUCGAAACUGAAGGAAGUUGUAGAAAAAGGAGUGGUAAUUCCAACGUGGAACAUUUCUCCAAUUAAGAAGGCAAAUGAAAUCAAGCCUCCUCAGUUUGUGGAUAUUCCCCUUGAAGAAGAUGAUUCUUCAGAUGAAGAAUAUCAGCCAGAAGAUGAGGAUGAAGAUGAAACAGCUGAGGAGAGUUUAUUGGAAAGUGAUGUGGAAAGCACUGCUUCUUCUCCACGGGGAUCAAAGAGAUCCAGAAUGAGACAGUCCUCAGAAAUGACGGAGACAGAUGAGGAGGGUGGUAUGCUCUCAGAGGCUGAGAAAAUCAACACCCCUCCUGUCAGGCACAUCAGUGCUGAGGUUGUACCUAUGGGGCCUCCCCCACCUCCUAAGCCCAAACAGAACAAAGAUAGUACUUUUAUGGAGAAACUACAUGCAGUGGAUGAAGAGCUGGAUUGCAGUCCAGUCUGCAUGGAUUCAUUUCAGCCAUUGGAUGACAGCCUCAUUGCCUUCCGCACACGCUCCAAAAUGCCCCUAAAAGAUGUUCCCUUAGGACAGCUGGAGGCUGAGCUCCGGGCUCCAGAUAUCACACCAGACAUGUAUGACCCCAAUACAGCAGAUGAUGAGGACUGGAAAAUGUGGCUUGGGGGGCUCAUGAAUGAUGAUGUAGAAAAUGAAGACGAAGCUGAUGAUGAUGAUGAUCCAGAAUAUAACUUCCUAGAAGACCUUGAUGAACCUGACACAGAGGACUUCCGCAAUGACCGGGCAGUGAGAAUUACCAAAAAGGAAGUAAAUGAGCUGAUGGAAGAAUUAUUUGAAACUUUCCAAGAUGAAAUGGGCUUCUCCCACAUGGAGGAUGAAGGUCCAGAGGAGGAAGACAGUGUGCCUGAACCCCGGCCCAACUUCAAUACUCCCCAAGCCUUACGGUUUGAAGAACCCCUAGCAAACUUGCUCAAUGAACAGCAUCGUACAGUGAAGGAGCUGUUGGAACAGUUAAGGAUAAAAAAGUCUUCAACUAAGCAACAACCAGAGGCAGAGAGGCCCAAGCCCCAAAGUGAUAAGGUCCAACAGACUCUGAUUUUGGAUGCAGCUCAGAGGAAAAGACUCCAACAACAAAUGCAGCAGCAUGUUCAACUCCUGACUCAGAUUCACCUCUUGUCCAGCGCCAACCCCGGCCUCACUUCAGAAGCAAAUACCACCAAGAUGUUUCUUAGGGAGUUGGGGACCUUUGCUCAAAGUUCCGUUGUCCUUCACCAUCAAUUCAACCCCAAGUUUCAGACUAUGUUCCAGCCGUGUAACCUGAAAGGUGCGAUGCAACUCAUUGAAGACUUUCACUCACACAUCCACAUUGACUGGAGCCCUCGAAAAAAUGUCAAGAAAAGUGCCAGUGAAUUUCCUUGUCUGCCGAAGCAAGUAGCCUGGAUCCUGGCCACAAGCAAGGUCUUCAUGUAUCCAGAGUUACUACCCAUAUGUUCCUUGAAAGCAAAGAAUCCCAGGGAUAAGAUAUUCUUCACCAAAGCAGAGGACAAUUUGUUAGCUUUGGGGCUGAAACAUUUUGAAGGAACUGAGUUUCCAAAACCUCUAAUCAGUAAAUACCUCCUGACUGCCAAGUCUGCUCACCAGCUGACAGUGAGAAUCAAGAACCUCAACAUCAACAGGGCUCCUGACAAUAUUAUCAAAUAUUAUAAGAAGACAAAGCAGCUGCCUAUAUUGUUUAAGUGCUGUGAGGAGCUUCAGCCUGAUCAGUGGAAACCACCUGUGGAGAGGGAAGAGCGCCAUCUCCCAUUCUGGUUAAAGGCCAGUUUGCCAUCCAUCCAGGAGGAACUACAGCACUUAGCUAAUGAUGUUGGAGAAUCAGGAAAUUUAUCUGAAGUAGCUGAGCCCAGUUCUGAACCAGGACUUGAUAAAGACAGUAUGGAGUCAAGGAAUGAGAAUCGAUAUCCCCUACUGCUGCCUAAGGGUGUGGUUUUAACACUAAAACCGCUUGCUAAGCGAUUUUCUAGGAAGGCUUGGCGCCAGAGAAGGUCAUCAGUCCUGAAGCCCCUCCUUAUCCGUCCCAGCCCUGCUCUCCAACCUGGCUCCACUACUGGGAGAACUCCAACCAGAUUAAGCCAGUCAGAAGCACCUCCAAGCAAAGUGGUGGUCCGGAUCCCCAGCCUGAUCCAGCCAGCCACUGUCUUACAGUCAGUGCCAGGAGGUCCACCUCUUGGUGUCACUGGGGGUGACGGCUUUGAGCUUCCCAUGGCUCUGCCUUCUGUGGCCCCUGAGAAUGGAACUUGCCUUCCCCAGACUGUGUCCCAAACCUUGCUUUCCCCUGCCCCAGCAGGCUUCCAGCCUAAGGUCAUGUUGCCAGCACUUGUUACCUCCAAACCACGUAAACCAGGGACGAAACGAGGCCUUCCAAAGAGAGAGCGGACCAAGCCUUCUCCACUCUUAAAAGCUACUCCCAUCCUUCGACCUGCACCAGUCAUCCUCACUGUCCCUGCUACCACUGUAAAGGUUGUGAGCCUUAGCAAUGGCUGUAAUAUGAUCCAGCCUCUUGGUGCAGCUGUAGCUCAGAGCCCUCAGACUAUCCCCAUAACGACUCUCUUAGUUAGCCCCACCUCUUUCCCCUGCCCACUGAACCAGCCUCUUGUAGCUUCUUCCAUACCACCCCUAAUUGUCUCCAGUAAUCCUGUGAAUCUCCCUGUGCCGCCUACCCCAGAGGAUAAUACACAGGUGAAAUCAGACAUUCCUUGUCCUCCCACUGAAGGAAAAAGUACCUUUCCAACCAUGGAGCCCAAAUUGGAACCUCAAGAAUUAUCUGCUCUCUCCUCUACUCUCUCACCCAAAGAGGAACACAGCCCUGUGCCUCCCCCACCAGGCAAGGCCACCAGCCAAGGAGACCCAUUUGAGGGUAAUGCCCAUAGCUGGACUGUUGUAAAGACAACGGAAGGGAGGGAAGUCCUAGAGCCACUGUCUCAGACCUCCUGGGAAACAUUAACUUUUCUCCCUGGGGAUUUGGUGGAAAUUGUUAAAGUAGAGCCAGAAGACCCUGGGGAAGAAGUCAAACUGCCCCGGAACAAGUCACCUGAGCAGAAUAUCUGGGGUGAAAUCAAAGAAGAGGUGUCUGUGGAACUGGAUACAGGCCCUGCAGGUGAGGGGGCAAAGAGUACCCAAGAGGUGAAGAAAGAAGCUGUUUUACAGGAGGAGGAGAGAGGUGAGAGGACAGAGAGGUCUUCAGUUCCCCAUGAGACUCAGGGGGAAGGGAACACAAGAGGAGAGGUCAGCAAAGGGUCUCCCAAGAAUAUUUCCUCUCCUACUAACCUUACUGCCCUUAGUAGUCCCCUAGGAAAGCCUGAAGAUUCAUCCAGUGUUGAUGGCCAAUUAGUGGGGACCCCAGCUGGCCGAGAAACGGGGGGUGAGAAGGAUGGGCCAGAAGAGGAAGAGGAAGAAGAUUUUGAUGAUCUCACACAAGAUGAGGAAGAUGAGGAGAUGUCAUCAGCUUCUGAAGAAUCGGUGCUCUCUGUUCCUGAGCUUCAGGCCAGUUUGCCAUCCAUCCAGGAGGGACUGCAUCACUUAGCUAAUGAUGUUGGAGAAUCAGAAAAUUUAUCUGAUGUAGCUGAGCCAAGUUCUGAACCAGGACUUGAUAAAGGCAGCUUGAAGUCAAAGAAUGAGAAUCGAUAUCCCCUACAGCUGCCCAAGGGUGUUGUAUUAUCACUAAAACCACUUGCUAAGGGAUUUUCUAGGAAAGCUUGGUGCCAGAGAAGGUCAUCAGUCCUGAAGCCCCUCCUUAUCCGUCCCAGCCCUGCUCUCCAACCUGUUUCCAGUACUGGGAGAACUCCAACUAGAUUGAGCCAGUCAGAAGAACCUCCAAGCAAAGUGGUGGCCCAGAUCCCCAGCCUGAUCCAGCCAACUACUGCCUUACAGUCAGUGCCAGGAGGUCCACCUACUGGGGGUGACAGCUUUGAGCUUCCCAUGGCUCUGCCAUCUGUGGCCCCUGAGAAUGGGACUUGCCUUCCCCAAACUGUGUCCCAAACCUUGCUCUCCCCUGGCCCAGAAGGCUUCCAGCCUAAAGUCAUGGUGCCAGCACAUGUUACCUCCAAGCCACGUAAGAGAGGGAGGAAACGAGGACUUCCAAAGACAAAGAGAGAGCGGCUCCUUCGCCCUGCACCAGUCAUCCUCACUGUCCCUGCUACCACUAUAAAGGUUGUGAGCCUUGGCAAUGGCUGUAAUGUGAUCCAGCCUCUUGGUGCAGCUGUAGCUCAGAGCCCUCAGACUAUCCCCAUAACGACUCUCUUAGUUAGCCCCACCUCUUUCCCCUGCCCACUGAACCAGCCUCUUGUAGCUUCUUCCAUACCACCCUUAAUUGUCUCCAGUAACCCUGUGAAUCUCCCUGUGCCGCCUACCCCAGAGGAUAAUACACAGGUGAAAUCAGACAUUCCUUGUCCUCCCACUGAAGGAAAAAGUAUCUUUCCAACCAUGGAGCCCAAAUUGGAACCUCAAGAAUUAUCUGCUCUCUCCUCUACUCUCUCACCCAAAGAGGAACACAGCCCUGUGCCUCCCCCACCAGGCAAGGCCACCAGCCAAGGAGACCCAUUUAUGGGUAAUGUCCAUAGCUGGACUGUUGUAAGGACAGUGGAAGGGAAGGAAGUCCUAGAGCCACUGACUCAGGUCUCCUGGGAAACAUUAACUUUUCUCCCUGGGAAUUUGGUGGAAAUUGUUAAAGUAGAGCCAGAAGACCCUGGGGAAGAAGUCAAACUGCCCCGGAACAAGUCACCUGAGCAGAAUAUCUGGGGUGAAAUCAAAGAAGAGGUGUCUGUGGAACUGGAUACAGGCCCUGCAGGUGAGGGGGCAAAGAGUACCCAAGAGGUGAAGAAAGAAGCUGUUUUACAGGAGGAGGAGAGAGGUGAGAGGACAGAGAUGUCUUCAUUUCUCCAUGAGACUCAGGGGGAAGGGAACACAAGAGGAGAGGUCAGCAAAGGGUCUCCCAAGAAUAUUUCCUCUCCUACCAUCCCUGCUGCCCUUAGUAGUCCCCUAGGAAAGCCUGAAGAUUCAUCCAGUGUUGAUGGCCAAUUAGUGGGGACCCCAGCUGGCCGAGAAACGGGGGGUGAGAAGGAUGGGCCAGAAGAGGAAGAGGAAGAAGAUUUUGAUGAUCUCACACAAGAUGAGGAAGAUGAGGAGAUGUCAUCAGCUUCUGAAGAAUCAGUGCUCUCUGUUCCUGAGCUUCAGGCCAGUUUGCCAUCCAUCCAGGAGGGAUUGCAUCACUUAGCUAAUGAUGUUGGAGAAUCAGAAAAUUUAUCUGAUGUAGCUGAGCCAAGUUCUGAACCAGGACUUGAUAAAGGCAGCUUGAAGUCAAAGAAUGAGAAUCGAUAUCCCCUACAGCUGCCCAAGGGUGUUGUAUUAUCACUAAAACCACUUGCUAAGGGAUUUUCUAGGAAAGCUUGGUGCCAGAGAAGGUCAUCAGUCCUGAAGCCCCUCCUUAUCCGUCCCAGCCCUGCUCUCCAACCUGUUUCCAGUACUGGGAGAACUCCAACUAGAUUGAGCCAGUCAGAAGAACCUCCAAGCAAAGUGGUGGCCCAGAUCCCCAGCCUGAUCCAGCCAACUACUGCCUUACAGUCAGUGCCAGGAGGUCCACCUACUGGGGGUGACAGCUUUGAGCUUCCCAUGGCUCUGCCAUCUGUGGCCCCUGAGAAUGGGACUUGCCUUCCCCAAACUGUGUCCCAAACCUUGCUCUCCCCUGGCCCAGAAGGCUUCCAGCCUAAAGUCAUGGUGCCAGCACAUGUUACCUCCAAGCCACGUAAGAGAGGGAGGAAACGAGGACUUCCAAAGACAAAGAGAGAGCGGCUCCUUCGCCCUGCACCAGUCAUCCUCACUGUCCCUGCUACCACUAUAAAGGUUGUGAGCCUUGGCAAUGGCUGUAAUGUGAUCCAGCCUCUUGGUGCAGCUGUAGCUCAGAGCCCUCAGACUAUCCCCAUAAUGACUCUCUUAGUUAGCCCCACCUCUUUCCCCUGCCCACUGAACCAGCCUCUUGUAGCUUCUUCCAUACCACCCUUAAUUGUCUCCAGUAACCCUGUGAAUCUCCCUGUGCCGCCUACCCCAGAGGAUAAUACACAGGUGAAAUCAGACAUUCCUUGUCCUCCCACUGAAGGAAAAAGUAUCUUUCCAACCAUGGAGCCCAAAUUGGAACCUCAAGAAUUAUCUGCUCUCUCCUCUACUCUCUCACCCAAAGAGGAACACAGCCCUGUGCCUCCCCCACCAGGCAAGGCCACCAGCCAAGGAGACCCAUUUAUGGGUAAUGUCCAUAGCUGGACUGUUGUAAGGACAGUGGAAGGGAAGGAAGUCCUAGAGCCACUGACUCAGGUCUCCUGGGAAACAUUAACUUUUCUCCCUGGGAAUUUGGUGGAAAUUGUUAAAGUAGAGCCAGAAGACCCUGGGGAAGAAGUCAAACUGCCCCGGAACAAGUCACCUGAGCAGAAUAUCUGGGGUGAAAUCAAAGAAGAGGUGUCUGUGGAACUGGAUACAGGCCCUGCAGGUGAGGGGGCAAAGAGUACCCAAGAGGUGAAGAAAGAAGCUGUUUUACAGGAGGAGGAGAGAGGUGAGAGGACAGAGAUGUCUUCAUUUCUCCAUGAGACUCAGGGGGAAGGGAACACAAGAGGAGAGGUCAGCAAAGGGUCUCCCAAGAAUAUUUCCUCUCCUACCAUCCCUGCUGCCCUUAGUAGUCCCCUAGGAAAGCCUGAAGAUUCAUCCAGUGUUGAUGGCCAAUUAGUGGGGACCCCAGCUGGCCGAGAAACGGGGGGUGAGAAGGAUGGGCCAGAAGAGGAAGAGGAAGAAGAUUUUGAUGAUCUCACACAAGAUGAGGAAGAUGAGGAGAUGUCAUCAGCUUCUGAAGAAUCAGUGCUCUCUGUUCCUGAGCUUCAGGAGACCAUGGAGAAGUUGACUUGGCUGGCUUCUGAAAGGCGCAUGAGCCAAGAGGGGGAUUCUGAAGAAGAGAACUCUCAGGAAGAGAACUCAGAGCCUGAAGAAGAAGAGGAAGAGGAGGUUUCAGAGGGAAUGGAGAACUUGCAGAAGGAAGACGAAAUGAUGGAUGAAGCAACUGAAGGGCCUGCUCAGAAUCCCCCUUCCACAUUUGCUUCCCCUAAAGUGACCCCGGAAGUAGAGCCCAGCAGGACUCCCUCAGGAGAAAGCACCAAAGCUGUUGGAAAAGCCCGGGGUAGUCACCGUACUCGGAGCAAGCGGGGCCGGACCCGGGCCAGCAAGGACACCUCCAAGUUACUCUUGCUCUACGAUGAAGACAUCUUGGAGCGAGACCCCCUGAGGGAGCAAAAGGAUCUGGCAUUUGCCCAAGCCUACCUGACCCGAGUAUGUGAGGCACUACACCAUGUCCCAAGCAAGUAUGAGGACUUCCUUCGUGUCAUUUAUGAGUUUGAGUCGAAUACACAGAGACAGACAGCUGUGGAUUUGUACAACAGUCUGCAGACCCUAUUCCAUGACUGGCCUCAGCUACUGAAGAAUUUUGCUGCAUUCCUCUUGCCAGAGCAGGCCUUGGCCUGUGGGCUAUUUGAAGAGCAACAGGUCUUUGAAAAGAGCAGAAAUUUUCUUCAGCAACUGGAGAUUUGCUUUGCAGAAAACCCUUCUCAUCUUCAGAAGAACAUCAAGCUUCUGCAGGGCUGUGCAUACUGUCUCCCACAGGAGAUUGGUGAGGUGUGUAAAAGCAAGGCCUACAAAAACAAAGAACCCCAUGAGCAGCUGGGUGCAAGCCCUCCUCCCAAACUACUGGGUACUAGCCCUACUCCUGAUGCUAAAGAGGUUGGACGAGGCAUGGAGAGAAGCGAGGAAGAGGUCCUGGAUGAGAGAGCUAGCAGAACCCCUCGAGCAGCCAGAAAAGGAGAGAUGUCUGCUCCAGGAUCAGAAAUGAGAGGAACAUUGCUGCCCCCUGAAGAAGGGAACUCCACAGACAGAGUCCCCUUGGAUGUCCCGGCACCUUGUUCACCAGAGAGCCCUCAGAGUUCCCCUAAAGCUGGACUUGUGCCCAACUCAAUCAGAAGCCAAGCUGGAGCUGAAGGCAUCCACAGCCCAUCCCCUAAACUGCAAACUUUGAGUGAAGUCCAGCAGGCAGGAGCCUUGUCAGGUUCUGGGAAACCUUUGGCUGUUGCUGGGUGCCCUGCCUCCACUCUGAGCCCCCUGCCCUCUAACUCCACAGAUGGUUGGGACUCUGGGCAAGGAAAAGCAGACACUCCAAAUAGCAGGCUGCGCCCUGGCAGGAAAUUUGACAUGAAAACAACAAGCAGGAUUCCCACCAUCCUUGAAUCCCCUUCCCCAGUAAGUACCACUUCAGGGGCUGUUCAUGGACUCCCUGUUGGAGGUUCACCCAAAGGGGACAGUGGCCCACACAUCAGGGGGCCUGAUGGAGAGCAACAGCUGAAGGCUUCAGAAGCUACAGUGUGUGCCAACAACAGCAAAGUCAGCUCCACUGGGGAAAAGGUUGUCCUGUGGACAAGGGAGGCUGACCGAGUGAUCCUGACCAUGUGCCAGGAACGAGGGGCACAGCCUCAGACUUUCAGCACCAUCUCACAGCAGUUGGGCAAUAAGACUCCUGGAGAGGUCUCCCACCGGUUCAAGGAACUGAUGCAGCUCUUCCACACAGCCUGUGAGGCCAGUUCUGAGGAUGAGGAUGAUGCCACCAGCACCAGUAACACAGACCAACUUUCUGACCGGGGGGACCUCCUGUCUGAAGAGGAGCCAGAUGAGUGAAAUCCUGGAGAGACACAGGACCAAGUCCAUCACGGCACCUUAGCAGGAGAGAUGGGGUUGCCCUAAGAAGACACGCACCCCCCCCCGCCCCGCCUGGCUCCCCAUUGUGUGCACUUUGGGCUCAGUUUACAAGGCUGAAGUUAGCAGGGAGUCCAAGGAAAGGAGAUCAGGCUGGGAAGGACAAGGGCUCAGCUUUCUUCAUGUUUGAAAGGAAGGCCUGUUAUGAAGGCUGCACUGACCUGAUUUGUAAAUACUGUACCCGAGAGGGUUGCGCCUUUCUCUCCCCUUUCCAUGUUACAUAUUUAUUGUUUUGUGAUCCAAUCACCAUCUUUCUAAAGCAUAAUAAACAAGCCCUGUUGAUGUAA